CUUCGUACCCAGCACGUCUUUCACAUUAUCAUGGAACGGUCGGUGCAUAGGGAUGCCUCUCAUCAACUCGGAAUUCGCCAGUCUGUCACUCACCCCCAUUCAUUAUUUUGACAUGACUUGAGCAAUUUUCUUGCCUCUGAUGAAGCAUGCGUGACAACAACAGUGUCAGCACGCUACUACCAGUCCGCAGUCCUCGCCCCUCUGAUAAUGUGUCUCGCGCUCAGACACCCACCCGAAGCUCGAAUGACGGCGGCAAAAUGGAGCCUUUGCAGUGCGAGGACACCAGCCGCCGGCCUUCUAUUCAUGAGAACCCAGAGCUCCAUAGACACACGGAGGCUAGCAACUUGGAGCUCUUCUACGACCUAUUCUUUGCCGCCAACUUGACGGUUUUCAGUAAUAUUCACGAAGUUACGAAUAGCGCUACGCUCAAGCAAUAUGUGGGAUUCUUUUGUAUUCUAUGGCUGACCUGGUAUCAAGUCGGUCUCUAUGAUGUUCGCUUUUCGGUCGACUCGAUCUUUGAGCGAGUUGCCAAGGCGGUCCAGUUCCUUGUCAUGAUAGGCUUUGCUAUUGUUGGUCCAAAGUACAGCGUUGGCAGGGCCCAUGAAGGAGCCGGCGAUGAAGAAGUCGUGGACGGAGCGCAGCCGUCUCUUGGUUAUUAUUUCAAAGCAUUGACUUUAUUCCUCAUGGCUUCCCGACUGGUACUUGUCUUUCAGUACACUCAAUCGAUGUGGCUUACUCGACAGUACAAGCAGACUAUUCUACCAAUGUCGCUCAUUGCAACAACCUACUUCGUUGCAGCGAUGGUCUACCUCGGUCUGUUCUGGACUUUUCACAAGGACGGCCACAGUCAUUACUACGUCGUCUGGUACUUGGUCGCCAUCCUGGAGUCAAUCAUAGCAACAAUGGUAUCAGCGAUUUGGAAGAAGGCCAUUAGCUUUAAGGGCACGCAUCUGAUCGAGCGAAUGUCCCUUCUCACCCUCAUUAUUCUUGGCGAGGGCGUGGUGAGUCUCGCCUCGAAAUGUCAGCGGAUUGUGAAAAGCGAAGGGGCUUUGAAAUUCACUACCAGCACCGUCGCCAACGUCGUAUGCUGUGUCCUUAUCCUGUACUUCGUGUACAUGAUCUACUUUGACUGGCUGGAAGAGGAGCACUUCGGGAACAUAAUGCAGCAAAUUUGGUCCUUGCUGCAUUUCCCUCUACAUAUCGCGCUUGUCCUUGCUGUCGAAGGCAUGGCGCAAUGCAUCACUUGGCGAGCAGCAGUGGUUCGAAGCAAUCACUUCGUCAACCAAUACCAGGACUGGAACAACCUCAUCUCGCAGGGCAACUUCGCAGAAGCUGGAAGAAGAGUCAACAAGACCGCUACGAAGCUCCUCCAUCGCGGUCUCCUUGUCUCCAAGAACCUAAAGGAAACCUUAGAGCUCAUACCAGACAUCCCGAAUGCUGCGAACGCCUCACGAACAAUAGCCAAUGGUGCCAACAACACUGCAUUGGCAGGCGACGCUCUCGAUUGGAUCUACUUCACCUUAUUCAAGACCAUCUUCAACAUCGCCGGCUUCGACAGCCCCAUCGAAGGAAAAACCGACAUCGACGCAGAACUAACCGAAAGCUCCGAUGCCCUGAAAAUGGAUUUCGCCGACGAGAACGCUACAGCAGCCGUCAUAAACGCAACUUCGAGAACCGCAGGCGUCUUCGGACUCACGUAUGGAUACUUUUUCAUCUCCAUCGGUCUGGUCGUCAUCCUCUGCUGCGUCAUCGCAGGUUUGAGCAAACGUACCAAGAGCAGGUUACAACUCGCAAGAUUAAUCGCGAGCAGUGUCAUCGGGUGUGGAUUAUGUUUGCUUGCUACACUUGGAAAUACAUCCGCCGGCACGGACUUCGCGUUCAGUCCUUGGCUCCUACCUACUGUCACGUUGGCUUUGGGAGUCGUGGUUGUCUUGAACAGUGUCAAGCCUGCGGUGCCGAAAACUGGGAUGCUGGGGUUUAGGAAGGGUUGAUGGUAUGGUAUAUGAUGAAUGUUGUAGUGUACAAUUACAAGAAUGAAUGUACGAGACCUCG